CUCUCUCUCUCUGUCACUGUGUGCAAUGGCUAGCACGAACAACAACCACAACGAGCAAGGCUCUGAACAAACUAAGAACACGAAGUUACCCUUCGAAGACGUCGAUGAAUCAAUGUGCGAUGCCGAUGACACAACAAGCGCUGAUUACUACUUCGAUUCUUACUCACAUUUCGGGAUUCACGAGGAAAUGUUGAAGGAUGUAGUGAGGACAAAGAGUUACCGUGAUGUUAUUUACAAGAACAAGUUUCUUGUCAAGGACAAAAUCGUUCUUGAUGUUGGAGCUGGAACAGGGAUCUUGUCUCUCUUCUGUGCUAAAGCAGGAGCUGCUCACGUGUACGCUGUUGAAUGUUCUCAAAUGGCUGACACUGCAAAGGAGAUUGUUAAGUCUAAUGGAUUUUCUGAUGUUAUAACGGUUUUGAAAGGGAAGAUUGAGGAAAUCGAGCUUCCGGUUCCUAAAGUGGAUGUGAUUAUCUCUGAGUGGAUGGGUUACUUUCUUGUUUAUGAAAACAUGCUUGACACCGUCUUGUAUGCUCGCAAUAAAUGGCUUGUCGAUGGUGGGAUUGUUCUACCAGAUAAAGCUUCUCUCUAUCUUACAGCCAUAGAGGAUGCUCACUACAAAGAAGACAAAGUAGAAUUUUGGAACGACGUGUAUGGGUUUGACAUGUCUUGCAUCAAGAGAAGAGCAAUCACAGAACCUCUUGUCGACACAGUCGAUGGAAACCAAAUCGUGACUGAUAGCAAGCUACUCAAGACGAUGGAUAUCUCUAAGAUGGCUUCUAAAGAUGCUUCCUUCACAGCUCCAUUUAAGCUUGUGGCAAAACGGAAUGAUCAAAUCCAUGCCCUUGUAGCCUACUUUGAUGUAUCAUUCACCAUGUGCCACAAGAUGAUUGGUUUCUCAACAGGACCAAAAUCUAGGGCGACACACUGGAAGCAAACAGUGCUUUACCUUGAAGAUGUGUUGACCAUAUGCGAGGGUGAAAUGAUCACAGGAAGCAUGUCCAUCGCACCUAACAAGAAGAAUCCAAGAGAUGUCGACAUAGAGCUCAGUUAUUCUUUGAAUGGCCAGCAUUGCAAGAUCUCAAGGACCCAACUCUACAAAAUGCGGUAAAAGCUAUCUCGGAAGGAAGCAAUAGAGCCAAUCUCCCACACAAGUCUCAUUUAUCAUCUUGAGGCUGAGAAAGCAGUGCUCAUUUGUAGUCAAGUUUCCAUUUUUUGCAAUGUUUCAGAACAAGAAAACCUAAAUUUACCCCCGUGAUUCUAUUAAAUGUUGGUUGGUUGGCAAUUUGUAUAAAUGUAGUAUGUGCUCAUAACUGAAUGGAAUGUUAAGAAGAUGAGUAUGAGCUACUAUGUAUCUAUUAGAAUCAGUAGGAUCUACAUCUCGGUAACUACUUACUCUUGAG